UCAAACAUACGCUGAAGCAGCAUAAAAUUCAGCAAGUAGAUAACCUACAAAGGCGAAUGGCAGCAAUGAACAUCAGGACAACAGUACCUGUUGGUCUACUACCAGGCAGUUCAGGGGUGCUGGGUGUUGGUGAUGCAGGUUCAGCAGUUACUCCGGUGGGUGAUUUUACACCAGCAACAUCAGGUGCUGGUAUUUUGGUUGGUUUGCAGCCUUCACAUCGAUCAGACAUUAGUGGUUUGAAGCCUGAUGCACAGACUCCCAGUGCACAUUGUGAAAUAGGAGAUGUUGCAGUAAGGGCAGCCCAUCCAGCAGCAGAUGUGAGGGAACAGUACCAGCUCUGGUCCUCUUUGCUGCCGCUGUCAAUCAUCAGUCCAGGAUUAGAAGACAUUGCGGCAGACUCGCUCGCCGCCAAUGCUGACCACAUCAGUGAGCCGUCGCCGAGAUCGUGCGGGGCCUAGGUCCUGUGCAUCCGCCGUCACAACCGGGUGAGCCGGCGACGCUGGGGGAC